GACACAACAUCACGCGUGGGUGUAUUUUAUAAUUUGAAAUAGAAUUUCAGUCAAACGUCACUCUUGGGGUUAUUGGUUUCUUUCAUUGUUUUGGGUUUUUGUGUGUGUGUGUGUGUGUGUGUGUUUUAGGAUGUGUUUUAUAAAUGCAGUUUGCUCAGUUGUUGUAAUAACCUCUUCACAUUAAGUGCAAUGAAAUUUUGUAACAUCAUGUAAGGACGCUGAGGUUAAUCUUGGUUCCAGUCAUUUAUCUGUACACAUGGUCAACAUAUAGAAAUAUAAAAGAUUUUUACAUUGGUACUGAAACACAAAAAACGCGUCUCAGUAAAAACAAGACUUUUCUCUAAUCUUCAAAACGUUUAUCAUCAAACCUCUAACACACGACAAAUUCAAAAGGAAAACUUGAGGCAAAAUUUUUGGAUUACAUCUUUUACGAAAAAAAAAACAACCAAACAACAACAAUCUUUUAGUACAUUCUUGUGUUUUCCAUUAUGCAGCAAUAACAAGGUUGGAAGACCUGAUAACUGGGUAGGACUCCCAGCCAGAGAACCGAGGUUCAGGCUCCAUUAAAGCCAGCAGAGAUUCCCUCUAUCCUCUACUAUUACUGCUACUACCAAGUGUAUACAGUACAAUUAUCUCUUCAUGCAUGCACAGUAAUCCCGGUAAGGAAAUCCCAGAAAGUUGAAUCCAUUCAUCUGGGCACAAGGUUUAGUGAGAGAAACGCUCCAUCACUCUUUUACACCAAAAUUAGUGUGUACGUAUAUGCGGGUUUUUUAAACGUGGGUAAACCCGCUAAAAAUAGGCAAUUGACUCCUUUCACAGUGCCAGCAGACCCGGGUCUGACUGCCAGCAGACAAGUCUGCCUUUUUUUUCCUUCUGUAGCGUCAUAUUUGACGCCAUGACGCUCAUGAUGUCACGAACGCGCCAGAAAACAGGCAAGUUUUUUUUUUUAAUUCAAUACUUCAAAUAUAUCAGCAAAGCCAGUAUACUCUAAAACAACAGAGUAGGCUAAGAACAGUACAUCAAACAUGUCAACGACAAUGAGAACAAAACAAGGAAACAGAAAUAGUAAAUUAAAAAGGGAUAAAAAUAAAAUAAAAUAGGACAAUACAAUAUUCCAGGGGUUAAAUUACAUUAAAUUGCUCAAAUGCAAAGAAUACAUUUUGGGUAUUUCUGUUUUUCAUACAUUUUAAUGAUUUGGAAAAAGUUACUAAUUCGUUUUUAAAGGCUGCUAAACAGGGUUGUGUUUUGCAAUAUUUACAUUUGUGUAUAAAAUAUUUUGCCAAAAUAAUUACAUCAUUCAACAAGAAUUCUAUAUUUCUAUCUUCCAUAAACAUUCCAAAUUUGACACUUUCUAGUAGAAAUGAAGGUAAAGCACUAAUGCUAGAUUUCAUACAUACAUACAAAGUAUAACAAAACUAAUAAGUAAUGUUACAGUGGAAAAAUAAAUGAUCUGUUGUUUCGCUGUCUGUCUUGCAAAAUUGACAAAAAUUACAGUCUACAUUAAAUUUUAAUUUUAUAAAUUCACGGGAGGGGUAAAUAUUAUCUUGAAGUGAACCUCUGGCUUUGGGAGGGAUAGGGAAUGAAAUCUUUUUCUAAUUUUAUGGGCAUUCAAAUUUGAGUACAUAUCUAAAAUAUAAUUCCUUCUUAAAGGGUUAGGAUAACAUAUCUUCAACAGCGAGUUUCUGAUAAAGUGAUUAUUGUAGGUUCUAUCAACAAAAUUUAAGUUGUCAAUCAUUAAGGGGCGAAGUAUGGGGCUGACAGAGGAGUAAAUAAGACAUUGUGAGACCAUCAUUUUGAGUUGUAUAGGGAUCACAGCCAGCAUGUCAAACACCUUUUCGGAGGAGGAUUAACUAUAUUUCAAACACAACUCAUUAUAAUUACAUAAAUUGCCUCUGUCAUCCAUGAUGUGUGUAAUGGACCAAAUACCCUUCUUCCACCACUCUUCCAAAAACAAAGAUCUUCCCUUAAACAGGAUACAUCUAUUACUCCAAAUUGGAACUGCAUGGGGGGUAAAGUUGUGUUUAAACAACAGUUUCCAAUAAUGUAAAACUUGUUUAUGAAAGGCGGAUAACCGUAACGGUAUCUUGGACAGUUCAAGGAAGGGCAUCCGGCGUAAAAUCUUUGCUAAAUCAAAUAUGCGGAUCAUAAAUAAGAUUUCCAUACCGGAUCGGUAUGGAAAUCGAAGGUGUAUUGCUGAACGUUAUCAGCGCAUAUGCCCCGUAAGUUGGGUGUGAGAUGGAUGAAAAAGAAGAAUUCUGGAGUGAGUUGGAUGACGUGGUGGAGAGAGUACCCAAGGAGGAGAGAGUGGUGAUUGGAGUGGACUUCAAUGGACAUGUUUGUGAAGGGAACAGAGGUGAUAAGGAGGUGAUGGGAAGGUAUGGAGUCAAAGAGAGAAAUGUGGAAGGACAGAUAGUGGCCGAUUUUGUGAAAAUGAUGGAAAUGGCUGUGGUGAAUACAUAUUUCAAGAAGAGGGAGGAACACAGGGUGACGUACAAGAGUGGAGGAAAGUGCACACAGGUGGACUAUAUCUUAUGUAGAAGGUGUGAUCUAAAAGGGAUUGGAGACUGCAAGGUGGUGACAGGGGAGAACGUAGCUAGGCAGCAUCGGAUGGUGGUCUGUAAGAUGACUUUGGAGACCAAGAUGAGGACGCGAGUGAAGACACAGCCGAAGAUCAAAUGGUGGAAGUUGAAGAAGGAAGACUGUUGUGUGGAGUUCAGGCAGGAGUUAAGACAGGCACUGGGUAGUAGUGAAGAGUUGCCAGAUGGCUGGGCAACCACUGCAGAAAUAGUGAGGGAGACAGCUAGGAAGGCACUUGGUGUGUCAUCAGGACAGAGGAAGGAAGACAAGGAGACUUGGUGGUGGAAUGAGGAAGUACAGCAAAGUAUACAGAGGAAAAGGUUGGCAAAGAAGAAGUGGGAUAGUCAGAGAGAUGAAGAAAGUAGAUGGGAGUACAAGGCGAUGCAGCGUAAAGUGAAGAGAGAGGUGGUAAAGGCAAAGGAAAAGGUGUAUGGUGAGUUGUAUGACAGGUUAGACACUAAGGAAGGAGAAAAGGACUUGUACGGAUUGGCUAAACAGAGGGACCGAGCUGCAAAGGAUGUGCAGCAAGUUAGGGCGAUCAAGGAUAGAAAUGGAAAUGUGCUGACAAGUGAGGAGAGUGUGCUAAGAAGGUGAAAAGAGAACUUUGAGGGGCUGAUGAAUGAAGAAAAUGAGAGAGAGAGAAGGUUGGAUGAUGUAGGUGUAACCCACAUGAUUACAUGUACCCUGUGACGUAUGUAAGUUCCACGAGUAGCCUCUAGGAGGCACACGAGCUACAGAGUUUAAACCAUGCAAACAACCGUCGACAAUAGAGAAGAGAAAUACGGAUAUUUAGAAAUACGGACAACUUUGACUAUGGAUACCUGAAUUAUUGAUAUUUGAACUACGGAUAUUUGAGCUACAGGACAUUUGAACUACGACAAAAAAUAUCCCUCCCACGAAGCUUCCUUGACAGAUGAUCUCCCGUUGAAGGAAGAAGGAAGACUCUUUUCUCUUGUGUUUU